CAAAAUGGAUUUAGAGAAAAAUUACCCGACUCCUCGGACCGGCAGGACAGGACAUGGAGGAGUGAAUCAGCUUGGGGGGGUUUUUGUGAAUGGACGGCCACUCCCAGAUGUAGUCCGCCAAAGGAUAGUGGAACUUGCUCAUCAAGGUGUCAGGCCCUGCGACAUCUCCAGGCAGCUUCGAGUCAGCCAUGGUUGUGUCAGCAAAAUCCUUGGCAGGUAUUAUGAGACGGGGAGCAUCAAGCCUGGGGUAAUUGGAGGAUCCAAACCAAAGGUUGCCACACCUAAAGUGGUGGAAAAAAUCGCUGAGUAUAAACGCCAAAAUCCCACCAUGUUUGCCUGGGAGAUCAGGGACCGGCUGCUGGCGGAACGGGUGUGUGACAAUGACACGGUGCCCAGCGUCAGUUCCAUCAACAGGAUCAUCCGGACAAAAGUACAGCAGCCACCCAACCAGCCGGUCCCAGCUUCCAGUCACAGCAUAGUGUCCACCGGCUCCGUGACGCAGGUGUCCUCGGUGAGCACGGACUCAGCCGGCUCCUCCUACUCUAUCAGCGGCAUCCUGGGCAUCACGUCCCCCAGCGCCGACACCAACAAGCGCAAGAGAGACGAAGGUAUUCAGGAGUCUCCUGUGCCGAACGGUCACUCACUGACGGGCAGAGAUUUCCUCCGGAAGCAGAUGCGGGGAGACCUGUUCACGCAGCAGCAGCUGGAGGUGCUGGACCGCGUGUUUGAGAGGCAGCACUACUCGGACAUCUUCACCACCGCAGAGCCCAUCAAGCCCGAGCAGACCGCCGAUUAUUCCACCAUGGCCUCACUGGCUGGAGGGCUGGACGACAUGAAGGCCAACCUGACCAGCCCUACCCCUGGCGACAUCGGGAGCAGCGUGCCGGGGCCGCAGUCCUACCCCAUUGUGACAGGCCGCGACUUGGCGAGCACGACCCUCCCCGGGUACCCUCCGCAUGUCCCCCCCGCCGGACAGGGCAGCUACUCAGCGCCGACACUGACAGGGAUGGUGCCUGGGAGUGAGUUUUCUGGGAGCCCCUACAGCCACCCUCAAUACCCCUCGUACAACGACUCCUGGAGGUUUCCCAACCCGGGGCUGCUCGGCUCCCCGUACUAUUACAGCGCCGCUGCCCGAGGAGCUGCCCCGCCCGCAGCUGCCACGGCCUACGACCGUCACUGACCCCAGGAGCCAGGCAGGCGCCAAGCACUUAUGACACAUAUCACUGAAGGCCAUAGCCUCCCAGCCCCCUCCGAACACAGCCAGAGGGGCCCAAUGAGACCGUCCCCCCAGCAACCCCCCACUCGCCUGAAACUCCCUCCCCCUUUUCCUGCCAGGGACUCUGGGCUUCUGUGGUAGGGAUGUUGGACUUCUAGACACCCGUCCAUUUCUAAGAGUCAGUUGAUGAGCUUCCCCCGACGUGACUGGGUCUCCACAAACCAACAGACUGUUCUGCAGACAACUGCAGCCCCAGCCCAGCCUGCCAGCCCCCUAGCUGUCUGACCACCCACCCGUCUUCCUGCCCCAGGCCUGGGAAGGAGAGUUUUUGCUUUUGUUGCUUCAACAGCACCCGUGUA